AGUCUCCCCCAUAUAAACCCUGGGUGGAGCUAGUUCAGUCUCACAGUCUCUUCUCUACAGAGUGCAGCAAGGUCAAGUCCUGAGAGAGAGUGUCUGGUGAGGAGGCCCAAAGCCUACCACGCAGCCACGCAUCCACAAGUCUACUGCCCCACAGGUGAACGUCAAAACCUGGGUUUUUUUCAGGACUGUUUACUGAUGGCCCAUCCUUAGGAUAAGAAGAACAAAGAAUACUCCUGCAACACACGGCGGGAUGGAUCAGGCGCUGAGACCAAGAUAUAAUGAGGGAAUUUUAUUACCCACAAUGCAACGUGUUUCGCAGAGAAUCAUUGUCCCAUUGUUGUACUUGGUUCGCAGUACAACUCUCCUUGAUCCCAAUGGCUUACCCAGUCACUGCACAACCUCAAGUGGUGCAAGUAUUCACCAAUUCCAACCCUUUGGCCAGUCAGUGGACUUCAGAUGUCAUGGACUGUUUUAAGGAUAUACCAGUCUGUCUUUGUGGGACAUUUCUCACACCCUGCCUUGCUUGCAGAGUGGCUUCAGAUUUUGGAGAGUGCUGCUGUCUGCCAGCGGUAGGGGGCGCGGUGCUCGCCUUACGUACCGGCAUAAGAGAGCGACAUCACAUCCCGGGCACCAUCUGCAAUGACUGCGUGUGUCUCACAUUUUGUGGCCCCUGCACUCUUUGUCAAAUGGCUCGUGAGCUGAAGGCAAGAAAGUGAUGAGAUGACGUCCUGGACUAGUGGAUUGGCAGAAUAGAUAUAGUCAUAUAAAAAAAAAGACAUGGUUCCCCCCCCCCCCCCUUACCCCAGCUUUCAUGGGGACAACCCCAUCUGUAGAAGCUAAAAGAAGAAUGGCCUCUUAAAGACGGGUGUGAACUCAUGACUGGUUUUAAUACACUGGGGUCCACAUACACCUCUAUAAACAUACAACAUCGACUCAGUACAAGUUAAUGGGGGCUGUAGAUAAGCGGCUACCAGAUAUUACUAAGGUUGUCCAUAAUCCAAACCUGUCUAGUCCAGGCUAUCCCCACAUACAUUAGACUGCCAACUUGUUAAUGGACCCUGUUUAAAGAGGUACUCCCGUGGAAAACUUUUUUUUCUUUUUUUAAAUCAACUGGUGCCAGAAAGUCAAACAGAUUUGUAACUUACUUCUAUUCAAUUUUUUUUAUCCUUCCAGUACUUUUUAGGGGCUGUAUACUACAGAGGAAAUGCUUUCCUUUUUGGAUUUAUCUUCUGUCAC